AUGAGUGUAGGGGCGUCUUCACCAACCAGCUGCUGCCUUGGUACAUUGCGUGGCGGCAACAUUGAGUCGCCGUCGCCCUGUGCCGUUGAGCUGUCUGGCGCACUUCCGGGCGCACUCUGGCCUGGCUCAGGCAAUUGUUCAAACUGCGGAACUUUGCGCAAAGACGGCGAACGCCGUGGUUUGGGCGGGAGGAUUGGUGUCAGGUGUGGAGUACGUCUCUUGGUGCCUGCCGGCUCGUCGUGGCCGAAGGUGGCCAGCAGCAGGCGCCGGCGGUCGGCAGCAUCAAGCGCCGGCAGAGUCAAGGGUUCAAAGGCCGCAGGGGCCACAAAUUGGGGCCGAGCAGCGCCCACCUGCAGAUCGCCCGGCGUCAUAGCUGGCAGCUGCAAAGGCGUAUUUUGUGCAUGCUUGUCGCGGCGUCGCUGUGUGUGGUACAAGUGUUCCUUGUUGUACAGCUUCUCGUUUUGGCCCGGCAAAAUGGGCGACUGGAAAGACGGCGCACGCGGUCCGAGCGCAGGAGUGUUUUGCGGGAAGUUCAGGGGCGGGAACGCCUUGGACGUCGGAGCCAAGUCGUCCACGACAAAUUCCAUGGCGUCCAAGUUGAAGUCGGCAUCGAGCGUGCCAGUGCCGAGGGUCGAGAUAUGGCCGCCCAAAUGCGUGCCGUUUCCCGAAAUGUUCUCCUGGGAGACCAAGUUGUGGUCGAGCUGGUCGAGCAAAAACGGGUCGGCGAAAGCUGGGCUGGGCUUCGGGGGCAGCCGCACGCGAGGGGAGUAUGAUGACCAGUCGUCCAUUGAUGACAUGGAGGAAGCGUUCAAAUGGGCUUUGCUCGUGUUUCAGGCUUUGUUGUAA